UAAAUUUAGAUAAUCUUAGGCCUGCUUUCUAAAAUUGGAGCCAAUGAGGCUUAAUACAGAAGCCUCAACAUAAUCAAGCCACAAGGCACAACAACAGUAUAUUCAUGUUUCAUGUUAUUGUAGAUAAUUAUAUACAAGUUUUCUUUCCAGGUCAAAACUUGGUCGCUCAGCCCUAUUCCUUAGCAGUUUAUCUAUUUCUCAGCAUUGUGUACUGUACUGACUUUAUUCUAAUGCAUGCCUUGUUGCCUGCAUCUUGCUUUGCUCUAUUCUUUGCGGUGUUUGGUAUUUCGGGGUGUUAUAUGGUCUAGCUCUUCCAGAUACGGCGGCCGGCCUGCUGGUGCGCAGCAUCCACCUGGUCACUCAGAGACUCAAUUCCCAGUGGAGGCAGGACAUGAGCAUUUCACUGGCUGCCCUGGAGCUGCUGGCUGGGCUUGCCAAGGUAAAGGUGGGAGUAGACUCUGCAGACCGUAAACGUGCCGUCAGCUCUAUAUGUGGGUACAUUGUGUACCAGUGUAGCCGUCCAGCUCCUCUUCAGUCCCGAGACCUCCACUCCAUGAUUGUAGCUGCCUUCCAGUUUCUCUGUGUGUGGCUCACAGAACACCCUGACAUGCUGGAUGAGAAGGAUUGUUUGGUAGAGGUUUUGGAGAUUGUGGAGCUUGGAAUCUCUGGCAGCAAGUCCCGCCAGGAACAGGAAGUCCGACAUAAAGGAGAAAAGGAGCACAACCCAGCUUCAAUGAGGGUGAAGGAUGCUGCUGAGGCCACUUUGUCCUG